GCGGGCGGCCGGCCGGGCCAACGAACGAGCGAAGUCCCGUUUUUGCUCGCCUUGGAAGCGGGGCGGGAUUUGUUCUGGAAGCCUCACCGCCGGGCAAGGAAGGCUCUUGGCUCGGGCUUGUAGCGCCCUGGAGCAAAAGCUGCGGAAUCCUUUGCUUGCUUUACUGGGAAUUAGUCCUCUCGAGCCAAUCUUGGACCUCACUUCCAAAUUACUGGAAUAAAAUACAUCAGAGCCCAUUGCCAUGACUUCAAAACGAAAAUUGGCCAAGUCUGGUGUCAGUAGAGAAAAUCUGUUACAAGAGUUACCAAAAACUAAGAAACCUCGGAUAUCUGGUAAGAAAAAUACCAUCCCCCAAGAAGGAGUUAUAGAGAACAACAGUGUUUUUGGGCAACUCCUCAAGACAGCAGGGAUCACACUGAAAGCUGGAGAAAGACAGAAUGAAAUAGCUGUGGAUGGAGCCAUUUUCCAGAAGAAGCUGCAGCAGGCCUUGAAGAGGCACCCUUCUUAUCCACAGAUUGUUGAGGAAUUAAUCAGUGGCUUGGAAUCCCACAUUGAAAACAGAGAUCAGUUCAGGAAUUGUCUUCUGCCUUGCAUACCCUCACAGAGUCAGGAAACAAGUAAUGCAGUUUAUUCAUAUUGUGAAAGCCUCAUUAAGCUCCUCCUUGGAGUUGAGAUGUUACAGCCUGCUGUUGUAAGAUUGUUGUUUGAAAAAUUUCCUGAAUUUUUUCACCAAAGUGUGGGCAGUGAUGGGCUCAGCUUGCCUCGGCUCAUUAUCAAUCAGUUAAAAUGGCUUGACAGGAUAGUUGACAGCAAGGAUCUUGUCUUGACAAUCAUGCAGAUGAUUUCUGUUUCUCCUCUGCCAAUCCAACAUGACAUUAUCACAAGCUUGCCAGAAAUCCUGGAAGAUUCCCAGCACAGUGAAGUUGCCAGAGAACUUAGUUCAUUGUUAAAAGAAAAGACGGAGCUGACUGUUCCAAUCCUGGAUGCCCUUUCUAGUCUGAAUCUUGAUGUGGGGCUUCUGUCUGAGGUGCGUCAGUCUGUCAUGAUCACAGUGCCUGCUGUAAAAGUGGAAGAUUUACCUGUAGUCGUUAAAUUUAUCCUCCGUUCUAUCAAGGCCAUGGAUGCAGUAGAGGUAAUUUCUGAUCUUCGUAAGAAGCUGGAUCUGAGCUCAUGCGUUUCACUUCCACGGAUUCAGGCUUCUCAGAGCAAACUCAAGAGCCAGCCCCAGACAAGUCUGUCUGUAAAUCAAGUGAGCAUUAAUCAGGACUGUGUCAAGCUCCUCUUUGAAGUUAUAAAGUCAGCUGUUAAAUUCCAGAAGACUAUUUUAGAAGGCUGGAUUAAGGCAAUUGAGAAUGUUGCUUGUGCCUCUGACCAUAAGGUUCUGGACCUAAUAGUGCUGUUAAUAAUCUAUGCUACAAAUACCAAGAGCAAGAAGCAAAUUGAAAGAGUGCUGAGGAGCAAGAUUCGGUCAGGCUUCAUGCAAGAGCCACUGCUGCGGAAUGCCUUCCGACAUCACUCACUGGUUAUGAGAGAUCUCUUCCCAGCCAUACUGUCAUUGGCUGAGAUAUUUGUACAUUCAGCAGACCCCUGCAUUGUCUCUUUUGGCAGCUGUAUAUACAAACAAGCAUUUACUGCCUUUGAUUCUUAUUGUCAGCAGGAGAUUGUGGGUGCUUUGGUGACUCAUGCAUGUGGUGGAAAUGAUGUUGAAGUGGACGUCUCUUUGGAUGUACUCAUUGACCUGGUGGCUACUCACACCUCAUCAAUAGUUCCAUAUGCUGUAUUUCUGAAGAGCAUUUUGGACUACAUGGACAAUCUAAGUCCACAACAAAUCCGGAAACUGUUCCACAUUCUUAGCAUUCUGGCGUUCAGCCAAGGUCGCAAAAGUGGCCACAUUCAGGACGACAUGCACAUGGUGGUUAGGAAACAGCUCUCCAGCACUAUUCCCAAGUAUAAGCGUAUUGGGAUUAUUGGUGCAAUUACCAUGGUGGGCAGCAUGGCAGCAAAGAGAAGUAAAGAAAAUGGAAAUCUAUUGGAACGAGCACAACUGAGCAAGGAACAAUGUAAACAGAUUAUAUCUUUGCUGGAGCUGGUGUGCUUCUGCUGUGAGCAGGUUCCCCAGGCCUUGGCUCUAUACUAUGAUGAACUUGCUAACUUGAUUCAGAAAGGGAAUCUGAAUUUGCAGAUCCUGGAGUGGAUUGGGACCAGUGUGGUGAAAGACUUUGAGAGUGAUUUUGUGACAGAUAUUCCCCCGACAGAUGAUAGUGCAUUCCUGUUCCCAGUGAAGGCCCUGUAUAAUUUGGAAGAAGAUGUGAAUGAGGGAAUGAUUGUUCUCAACUUGUUGCCUUUGUUGUCCCAGAGCGCUCUCAGCAAAAAUGGGAAUGAAAUAGCAGCCAAGAGUCAAGACAAAAGGCUAGUGUCCCCAGUGUGCUUGCCACCAUUCUUCCGGCUGCUGAGACUCUCCGUGGCAGAACUGAAUGAUGGGAAUAUGGAGGCGAUUGAUGCCUUGCUAGGAUGUCCUAUAUAUAUGACUGACUUGGAGGUGGGAGGAAAGUUAGACUCCUUAUCAAAGCAAGAGCGUGAAUUCCUCUGUUCGCUUUUAUUUCAUGCGCUUAACUGGCUCCUUGAGGUUGUGAAUGCCUUCUGCCAACAAGAAGACCUUUAUAUGAAAGGAAGAGUUUUGGCUCGGUUGCAAAAUAUUACGGAGCUACAGGGUCUACUGGAAAAAUGUUUAGCAGUAAGCCCGGGUUAUGUUCCUCCUCCUGCUAACUUUGAUUCUGAAACUGUGGAAGGGGUACCUGUUGUUACUACCAUUGGUCCCACCAAAAAGAAGAGCAAAGGGCAGAAGAAACAAAAAUCCAACAGUAGCAAAAACAACUCUAUAGACAACUCUCAGCUGGAUGAGAACACAGAGCCAAAUCAGCCUGAAGCUGAGACCAGCCAGCCAGAGAAGGACAUCCCAGAAAAAGAGGCAGAGAUCCCUUUGGUACAGCUGCAGAACUAUUGUGCAUAUUUCCGUGAAUUAGACUUUGAAGUUUUUGCUAUCCUUCACACUGGACUGCUGACCAAAUCUGUUCUGGAUACAGAGAUGAAUACAAAGACCCGUGAAGUGGUGCAGAUAGGGCCAGCAGAGCUCCUCUUCCUCCUAGAAGACCUGUGUCGUAAGCUGGAACGUAUGUUGAUACCAGCCUCUGCGAAGAGACCCCCUUUCUUAAAGGGAAAAGGAAGUCGGAAUGUUGGAUUCUCACAUCUUUGUCAAAAAUCGCCUCAAGAAGUGAUUGAGUGCGCUGUUGGACUCUUAAAGCCACUGUGCAACCACAUGGAAAAUAUGCACAACUACUUCCAGGCACUGAUUGCAGAGAACCAUGGUGUGGUCGAUGGGCCAGCAGUCAACAUUCAGGAACACCAGCUAAUGUCCUCCUGUUAUCAGCGGCUACUGCAAGGCUUUCAUCUUCUGUUUGCUUGGAGUGGAUUUUCUCAACAUGAACAUCACAGCUUGCUGAAAUCAGGCCUCCAUGUCCUUGCACACAGACUCAAGCCAGGGGAGAAGGAACUCCCUCUUGAGGAACUUCUCAGUCAGAGUUUUCAGUACUUGCUGAAUUUCCAGCACAGUGUUCCCAAUAUUUUGUGUGCUUUGAGCCUCACUCAGCUUCUUAUUGUCAUUUCUGGAAAAUCUGUAGUCAGCGAUAAAAUAGCUUCUGUCACUAAACGGUUCCUCUGCCAGUUGUGGAUGCAGCCCAGUGGCGCUCGUCAGAAGGGCCCCCAGUAUAACGAUGCUCUCCACACUUUGCUCUGUAUCCAUAUGGAACACACAGACAAUACACUGAAAGUCAUAGAAGACAUUUCCAGCGUUGGGAUUCCAGAGUUGAUUCAUUCUUCUAAAGAUGGGUACUCUUCUACUUACCCUACAUUGAACAGACAGACGUUUCCAGUUUUCUUCCGCGUGAUGAUGACUCAGCUCGAAGGCUCAGUGAGAAGCAUUCCUAUUGGAAGACCAUCAGACUCUAGUGAGGUGCAGCUGGAAAAGGUGCUACGCUGGAAUAUGGCUGUGCGGGAUUUCCACAUCCUUGUUAACUUAGUCAAAGUAUUCGACAGUAGGCCUGUACUCAAUGUUUGCCUGAAGUAUGGUCGCAUGUUUAUGGAAAUGUUCUUGAAGCUUGGCAUGCCUCUCUUGGACUGCAGCUUUAAAAAGCACAGGGAGGAUGUGCAGAGCUUGCUGAAGACCUUGCAGCUGAGCACCCGGCAGCUUCACCACAUGUGUGGCCAUUCCAAGAUUCGCCAAGACACAGGACUUACUAGCCAUGUUCCUCUGCUGAAGAAGUCCCUUGAGUUGUUUGUGUAUCGAGUGAAAGCCAUGUUGGCUCUCAAUCAUUGCCAAGAGGCUUUUUGGGUGGGCAUCCUCAAAAACAGGGACCUGCAGGGAGAAGAGAUCCUUUCACAAGCGUCCCAAGGAAGUGAAAUGGAGGAGGAGGAAGAAGAGGUUUCCAUGUUCCCCAGAGAGGAUUCUGAGCAGGAACAGGGGGAGGAAGAAGAUUCAGAGAGUGAAAACCAGACGAAUACCAAAGAUAGUGAUGGAGACAGCUCUGAUUAGACUGAACCACAUCACUAGGAUAACUUCUGUGGCACACUGUUGGAACUUGCACCUUGACGGAAUAAUACUGAAUGGACUAUAUUUGUCUGUAACCUUUGUGUCCCUGAUGUUCUUUAUAACUAGUCUCUAGGCUGUGCUAAAGCAAGAUGGAUUAUAGCCUGGACUAUAGAAAACAUUAUUUGAUUGACUUUUCACCUUCAGCUCUUUCUUUAGAAAGAUUUUCACCUUGAAAACCAAAAGAGAGCACUUUUUUUUUGCUUCAGCCUCUCAUAAAUUUAUCUCCCUUUCCCCCAUCAUGUUUUGCUCCCUGUUCAACCCUAACCUUUCCUCUCUGUCCCAUAGAUUUUUACAAGCAAAUGUUCAACCUUUUUAUCUGCAAUCCCUCUUUGUCCUCUGCAGCCCCUUGUACCUACUGAAAAUAUGUCCCUGAGGGUCUCCCAGCCCUCAGGGGCAUAUUUUUAGCAGACAUUGGGUGCUGCAGAGGGAGAGAGAAAUUUUAGAGUCAGCCCUCCCCUCUGUGCCUAAGCAGAAUCAUUCCUCUCAUGCCAACCUUAGAUGUCCUGUUCCCUAACCACGUAUUGGGCAGGAUCCAAACUGAUAGCUAAAGGAGGGAAAGUCAGUAUCAUUAUGGUAAUUAUGAAUGUCCUUUGCGUGGAGUCCAGCUUCAUUUCAGAACUUCUGUGACUGGGUUCUCUAAUGGGAGAUUUUCUUCCGGUGACUUGUGUUGGCAGCAGAAAAACAUAGGACAACUGGGAAAGCUGUUCAUGCUUAUUAGAGAUCCUAAGUGAGUGAAACAUGCUUUGCUGAACUGGGAUGGAUUUAAAGCUUUAAACAGGCUUAAAGUUAAGAUGUUGUUAGCAGCAUUGAAUGUGGUACUCUGUACUCAAUCGGAGGUACUAUGUGGUAGUUUGGGAUUAUAAAGGUUUGUUUAUACAGGUUUGUUUACAUCCCCUCUUGGUCAUAUUGCAAUGGAUGUAAUCCCCUAUUUCCAACCCUAAAGCAGAUCCCUUCAUUUUUCCUUCAAUGACACUACUUUUAUUUAUGUUUUGACCAAAGCUGAGAUGUGUGUACUUAGAUCCAUUGAAAUCAAUGGGCUGAAGUACACCUAACUCUAUCUUGCAUUGUGACCUUUGUAUUUAUGCACAUUUAGGAUGUGUCCUACUUUCUUUAAGAGAUUCUUCCAUAGAAAUUAUUUGGUUAUUUGAGCUAAAGUAUACAUUUCCAAUGUCUAUGUUUGGUCAUUACUAGAUUUCAGUGCUGAUGUGCAUCAACGUUGUGUUCUAGGUUUUUUGUGUACUACGUGUGAAAAUGUGCAUAAAGACCUCUGAAAAAACUGAAAAUUCUACCA